AUGGAGCCACCGCCCUCCAGCCCGCACCGACUUCACGCUCGGGACCCGGAGCCCCGACAAGAAGGUGGUCAGCUGCGGCUUUCGCGAGGAGGCGCGCCGUCCUGGGGCGAGGGGCGGCCGCCCGCCUGCCCGCCCGCCGCGGGAGUCCCUCUCCGAGUUUCACUUGAUUCGCCCACAAACUACCAGCCGAGUUCGCCGCCGGAGCGCCGAGCCCGCAGCCCGCGGGACGCUGGGCUCCGCGGCCCGACGCCCGCCCGGCGCCCCCGGCGGCCCCGCCGGCCUCCCGCGCGCUCGCCGCCGCCGCCGGAGCCGCCCCGGGCGGUGAAGCGCCGGGUGGGUGCCGCGGGCCUGUCUGGGGAGGGAGGCCAUGGCGCGGUUACCUGGGCUCGGGCGGUGGCGAGCAGAGUCCGCUCUCCCGCCGCGGCUCGUCCGCGGGCGCGCCGGGCCAGUCGCUUCCCUCCGCGGCCCGCAGCGCUCCUGGGCCCCGGCUGCGAGGCGUCCCAGCCAGGCCGCCCCUCCUCAGCGCCGCGCGGGCCGGGCCGCCUCGAGCUCCCGGGCCGCCCCGCGCCGGGGGGCCUCUCUCGCGGGGCGCCCGGCUCCCCUCCCCCGCUCCCGCCCCGCGGGCGGCCGGGGCGCCGCGGAGAGGACGGGAGGGCCUCCCGUGGGGAGCGGGCGGGCCAGAACGCGGGCUCCGCCACCCGAGCCGCUCCGUUACCGCAGCGGCGACGACGACCAGGGCCGUGUUGUUGCUGCCAACUUGUCGAGAGGACACUGAGCAUGCGCGCGCGGAGACCACAUCCGGCCCCGAAUCUCGCGCUCGCACAGCGGACCGUCGGGACCCGCGCGAUCGAGGGCCUGGCCGGGGGUCUCCGCGGUCUGCGGCCCCGCGGCGCACCUGUUCACCGGGGCGCCCGUGAACUCCGCUUUGCACUUUGUAUUUCGUUUGUUCGAUAGGUUUACAACAGAGCUGCUUUUCUUUUGUAACUUAAAGAGUUCCAGAAAAGACAACACUUUUUUUUUCUCACCAACUAGGAAAUCCUUCCAAGACUAAAGGCAUCUCUGAGGUCACGUGACCCAGAAAGUCGGAGAACCCGCAGCAGCACCGGUCACACACACUGCCCCGUUCCGUGCUCGUUGCCUUCGACGUCUGGGCCAUUUCUUCCACAAGAAACCCCUCAGCCUGCCCUCUUCCGAGGGCUGUUCCUUUUCCCCCCGGUUUACAGAAGUCUUUCCAACGCUGGCUUUAAGGGGUUUCAUUUCCGGACUUGCCAAAGGUACUGUUUUCUAAAAAUUGCUCGGCUUUAGAAGGCAGCCGAGGACACGGCCUCACCUUUUGAAACUUUCCUCCACCUGACUUGUAGAAAAAAAUCAAAAUUCUCACCCUCUGCUGAGGUGCAGUGGCCCAAAACGUGAAAACCUUCCGGGACAGUUCAAAGGGCCAAUUCAAAAAUUAGUCUGCAGUGAGAAAGUAGACGACCUUAGUGGGUGGAUAUGACAUUAUUUUGCAAGUCAGGUGGAUUCCAAUUGUUUGCCUUCAAACAAAACUGAAGAAAGACCUGUCAGGCCAAUAGGCCAUUAAAAUGAUUGGCUAAUAGAUCAA